CAGGAAGGGGUGCCAAGUGACCAAGAAGGGGUGCCAAGUGACCAAGAAAGGGUGCCAAGUGACCAAGAAGGGGUACCAAGUGACCAGGAAGGGGUGCCAAGUGACCAGGAAGGGGUGCCAAGUGACCAGGAAGGGGUGCCAAGUGACCAGGAAGGGGUGCCAAAACACCUGGAGAUAACACAACAUCGCACACCACCAACACACAUGAAGCUGGAAGAGGUGGGAGACGGGGAAGGUGAGGACGAGGAGCAGGAGGAGUCAUUCUACUCGGAGGUGGACGAGGCCAACAGUGAGAUCAUCCAUCCAACACCUCUGUCUUAUCUCGCCCAGACAGAUCCAACUAGAGGCUCCACGAUUGACCUAGACGGGAGAGAGAAUGAAAUAGAAAGUGAUGACGCCAGCUCCACACGACAAACUGGGUCUCGUCUCCUUGAAGUCCAGCACCAGGGGAAGGAGGUGAUAAAUUCCUUCGUCCACCUCCCCGUUGACACAGUCUUUAACUUAGUGUUCCUGCACGACCGCUUCAUGGCUGACGUCCUCUCUGCUAGGAAGGUCACUGAUAUAAUGAAGACGCCGUGGCAGGAGCAGGAGGAUGGUCGCCGAGUACGGGAGGUGACCUACACUAUGUCUCUCUCCAUCUCCAGCAUCACCUCCAAGGCCUCCAAUGUUACUGAGAGGCAGGUGGUGCAGGAGAGCCGGGCGGGGUACAGGUAUGUGGUGGAGACAGAGGUGUUUAACACAGGUAUCCCGCAUGGUGAUGACUUCACCGUGUUAAACUACUACUGUUUCACUAGCGCCGCCGACCACACCACCAUUAUCACCGUAUGGUCCAGGGUCAUGUACAAGAAGACUCCUUGGGGUUUAAUGAAAGUGGUGUUGGAGAAGAACACAUACAGUGGGGUGGAGGCGUUGAUGGCUGAGCUCCUGACGCAGUUGGUGACGGAGGAGGAGAGGACUGCCUUAGUGGCGAUGGGACGACGAAGACGAAUACAAUCAAGAGCAUACGACCAUGACGAUAAAGUUGAGGAUAAUUCACACGACCAUGACCAUGACCUUGCCCACGCCACCGAGGAAGAAAUCUUGAAGGAACCACCAGCCUCGGAGUCGGACAAGGUGCAGGGAUGGGCAGGGGUGGUAGUGGUGACUGCCUUGCUGGUACUGUUAGUGGGGAAUGCUCUGCUGUACACCAAACUCACACACCUGGAACACCUAGCUCGUCACCACCCCCCACCACCUUCUCUUCCCCACAGGCAGGUGGGGGUGAAGAGGUCGUGGGAAGAGGUGGCGAGGGUACUGCGCCGUCAGGAAGAACUACACCAACACCACCAACGCUACUGGAAGACCACUAUACAUCACGUCUCCCUCAAACUACAGGAAGUACACAAGAACUUGGAGGUGGUGCUGUCGACCAUCCCAAAGCACGAAGAGAGCCUCAGACAGGUCCUCCUACAGCAGUGCGACUUAUUCGAGGGGUUACAAGGCGAGGACAACCUUCAACAUGAACUGGAGGACCACCUCGAUCAUGACGUCAUCUACGACCAGCCACAAGAACCUAGACAGAUCACAAACACUGAUACUCUCAGCUGAUCACCACGCUACUCAUCUGAUCACCACACUACUCAGCUGAUCACCAUACUACUCCGCUGAUCACCACAACAAGUACUCACAGCUGAUCAUUACACACACUGAUACUCACAGCUGAUCACCACAACAAGUACUCACAGCACAUCACUACAGACACUGACACUCACAGCUGACCACCCAAACACUGGCUUAAGACGUACCAAUGAGUAUAAAUUAACACUACGCGACACAACGUUAACCAAAUUCAUUUUAAUUAAUACACAAAAAAUAAAUAAUUAAAUAAAUAAAUUCAAAAUCUAACAUAGGUUUAUUUAAUUGGAUUAAAUUUGUGAGAUGUGAAACAUUUGAAUUAGAAUAUUAUGUUAGUGAUGAUGUGAAUGACUUAAAAUACAUAUACAUACAGUGUACCUUUGUUUUAUAGACACCAUUUUCUUCACUAUGUUUUAUUGGCGUUGAUCUCAGACUAUU